AUGGAACUUCAUCAGAUAUUGAGAUCUGGGUUCUCCUUGUUAGUAUUCCUCUGGGCCGCUUCAAGCUCGCAUCAAAUUUAUACCGUCAAAGCCAUCUUGUUAGGAAAUGAGAGUGACCAUCUAGCACUACUUGCUUUCAAGGAUCAAAUAACUCAUGAUCAUUUGGGAGCUCUGAGCUCGUGGAAUGACACAGUCCAUUUCUGCAAGUGGGAGGGGAUCACAUGCAGCAAGAAGCACCAACAAAGGGUCACUGCCUUGGAACUCAGGUCAUGGGGACUAGGAGGCUCCCUUCCUCCUUCCAUCGGAAACCUCACCUUCCUUCAGAAACUCAUCCUGGACAACAAUAAUUUCAACAACAAGAUCCCACCCGAGCUAGGCCGUUUGCGCCGGCUGAAAUAUCUCAACCUCAGUGGCAAUUCAUUCCAAGGGGCCUUCCCCAUGAACCUGACCCACUGCUCCAAACUAAGAACUCUCAGCUUGUUUAGCAACCAACUUGUGGGCAAUGUACCAGUUGAGAUUGACUCCCUUUCGACACUUAAUGUGCUAUAUCUCGGGAACAACAGCUUUACUGGUGUUAUUCCAUCUUCUAUUGGUAAUCUAUCAUUGCUCUUAGGAUUCUCUGUCACACUAAAUCAUCUUACAGGAAGCAUCCCUGAAGAUGUUAGCCGCCUCACAAUGUUGGUGCUUUUUGAAGUAUCUGCCAAUAAUUUCACUGGAACGAUUCCUAGCCAACUUUUCAAUAUCUCAUCACUGCAUUACUUGAUUGCGUCAGUUAAUACUCUGCAUGGGCAACUUCCACCUAACAUGGGCAUCAGCCUCCCAAAUCUCCGAUUGAUUUUUCUGGGUGAUAACCAGUUUUAUGGACCCAUUCCAGCUUCACUGACAAAUGCCUCCGGACUUCAAAACAUUGACAUUGGUCAAAACAACUUUAGUGGCAAGGUGCCAUCAGAUUUAGGAAGGCUACCACAACUCUACUAUCUGAAUAUGGAGGAAAAUCAACUGAAAGCAAGAGAUGUCGACGAUUGGAAGUUUAUGGACUCUUUGGCAAAUUGUAGCAAUUUACAACUUUUGGCACUCUAUGGCAACAAGCUGGAAGGCAUAUUACCCAACUCACUAGUGAAUCUCUCUUCACAGAUCCAAACACUGGCAAUGGGAGCAAACCAGAUUUCAGGGAAUAUCCCUCAUGGAAUUGAAAACCUAGCUAAUCUGAAUCAACUUACUUUAGAAGAUAAUCUUCUCAUUGGUAGUAUUCCAGAAAGUAUUGGGAAGCUUGCAAGGCUAGAGUUGUUUGGCUUGUCUGGAAACAAGCUUACAGGACAGAUACCAUCCUCUGUUGGUAAUCUCACUUACAUGAAAAGACUAUUUUUGUUCAAUAAUUACCUAGAGGGAUCCAUACCUCGAAGCCUUGGAAACCUCCAACACCUAUUUCUCCUAGACCUUUCUCACAAUCAUCUUACUGGCACCAUACCCAAAGAAAUUAUAAGCCUCUCCUCCCUAUCAGUGUAUCUUGAUUUAUCGGAUAAUUCGUUAGUCGGAUCCCUCCCCCAGGAAAUUGGUGCCUUGAAGAAUCUAGGAUCACUCCAUGUUUCUAGGAACAUGUUGUCGGGUAAUAUUCCUAGCACACUGGGGAAUUGUGAGAUCUUGGAGAUCUUAGAGAUGAACAACAACUUAUUUCAAGGGAUAAUUCCUCAAGCCUUGAGCAACAUUAAAGGGCUUCAACAACUUGAUCUCUCAUACAACAACUUAACAGGGUCCAUUCCAGCAUUCCUGGAGGACUUGAACCUAUUGGAGUACCUAAAUCUAUCUUUCAACCAAUUGGAGGGAGAAGUGCCAAUAAGGGGGGUCUUCAAAAAUGCAACUCAGGUUACAAUCAAUGGAAAUGAUAAACUCUGUGGAGGGAUACCAGAAUUACACUUGCCUGCAUGCCAAGUAACACCAUCUAGAAAGAGAAGGCAACAUCUAAUGCUGAAAGUAGUGAUCUCAAUAGGAAGUUCAGUUCUGUGUUUGGUCCUCCUAUUCUCCAUUGUCAUUUUUCAGAAAAAACAAAGUUUAAGAAAGAAUGCUGGCACUGCACCUCCUCUAGAGGAUCAGUUCCCUAGAGUUUCUUAUACUGAACUAGUUAGAGCAACAGAUGGCUUCUCUUCCACCAAUCUUAUCGGUAAGGGAGGAUAUGGUUCUGUAUAUAAAGGUGUUUUGGGUGCCUGCCAAACGAUUGUCGCUGUGAAGGUUUUCAACCUGCAAAAUCAAGGAGCUUCGAAGAGCUUUAUAGCUGAAUGUGAGGCAUUGAGAAGUAUCCGACAUCGAAAUCUUGUCAAGAUCCUAACUUCCUGCUCACUGGUUGAUUUCAGAGGCAAUGAUUUCAAAGCUUUGAUUUUUGAGUUCAUUCCUAAUGGAAGUCUAGAGAAAUGGUUGCAUCCAGAAUCAGAUGGGCACAAUCAUUCAGAAAGUCUAAGCCUACUUCAACGGUUAAAUAUAGCAAUUGACGUUGCUAUCGCAAUGGAUUAUCUUCACAAUGACUGUCAGCCACCAAUCAUCCAUUGUGACCUAAAGCCUAGCAAUGUACUUCUUGAUAAUGAGUUGGUUGCUCAUGUGGGGGACUUUGGGCUUGCAAGAUUUAUUUCCAAAGCAACAGAAAGCUCCUCGACGGGCAUGAGUAGCUCAGUUCGGAUAAGGGGAUCAAUCGGAUACAUAGCCCCAGAGUAUGGGGCAGGUGGUAAAGCAUCUCGUUUCGGGGAUGUGUAUAGCUAUGGGAUCCUUCUCCUAGAGAUGCUGACUGGAAAGAGCCCUAUCAAUAAUAUGUUCAAGGAUGGCCUAAGCCUUCAGAAGUUCGUAGAGAUGGCUUUUCCUAAUAAAGUCAUAGAGAUUGUAGAUCCGCUAAUGCCGCUUGUGGAAGACAGGAGCAAGGGUCAUGAAUGCUUGGUGUCCAUGGCAAGAAUUGGUCUUUGUUGCUCAAAUCAAUCAGCAAGGGAAAGAAUGAACAUAAGUGAUGUCGCUACCAAGAUGCAUGCAAUUAGGGACACCUACCUUGGGGCUAGAAAUUAUUAGAAGAUUUGAUAAAGCUCAAAUUGAACGUUAAAGCUUUUCUUUCAUCAAUAAAUUGUGAAGUCAUAAGUAGUAG